GCUGGCGGAGGCUGCAGCUAGCUACCUCCGCGCCGGCUCUGCUCCCUAGGACGCGUCGGGCUCCCCGGGUGGGGGGCGGCUCCCUUCCUCUUCGCAGCUAAGCAGCCUGUCUUUCGACUACUGCAGGCAGACCACUGCCUUUCAGUAACGAUGGGUGUCGCUAGACCCAGCUGGGACUCGGCCAGGCUCCAGCGCUCAGCCUAAGCGGAGGGCCCUCUUCCAGCCCUGCUCUGUCUGCCUGUCAUGGCCACACUCGGCUGCUGCCUGCUUGUCUGGGGACAUAGGGCACCCAGCCCCAGCCCUGAGAGGUUAAGCCUGACCCUCUGGCUCCAGUCCACAGGGGCGCACCGGGUACCAGGUCUCUUCCAGAGCAAGAGCAACUGAUGCCAUGGGAGAAGCGCCCGCCCACCCGUCUGCUUGCCUGGCGCCGCCUGCUCAGAGACCCAUGCCCUGGGUCGUUCCGGAGGUGUCAACCCUGUGAACUCCGUCCCUUCCCCUGCCGCUGAGAAGGCCCUGCCCACCCCCACCAUGUGUGAGGUGAUGCCCACAAUCAAUGAGGGGGACCCACUGGGGCCCCCCCAUGGCGCCGAUGCUGACGCCAACUUUGAGCAGCUGAUGGUCAACAUGCUGGACGAGCGGGAGAAGUUGCUGGAGUCCCUUCGGGAGAGUCAGGAGACCUUGGCGGCCACGCAGAGCCGGCUCCAGGACGCCCUGCAUGAACGGGACCAGCUCCAGCGCCACCUUAACUCCGCCCUCCCCCAGGAAUUUGCCACCUUAACUCGGGAGCUGAGCAUGUGUCGGGAGCAGCUUCUAGAAAGGGAGGAAGAGAUAUCAGAGCUGAAAGCAGAGCGGAAUAACACGAGGUUGCUCCUGGAACAUCUGGAGUGCCUGGUGUCCCGCCACGAGCGGUCGCUGCGGAUGACUGUGGUGAAGCGCCAGGCCCAGUCGCCUUCAGGGGUGUCCAGUGAGGUGGAGGUGCUGAAGGCCCUCAAGUCGCUGUUCGAGCACCACAAGGCCCUGGACGAGAAGGUGCGGGAGCGGCUCCGAGCAGCCCUGGAGCGAGUGACCACCUUGGAAGAGCAGCUGGCAGGGGCCCACCAGCAGGUGUCUGCCCUGCAGCAGGGGGCCGGGGGUCGCGACGGAGUGGCGGAAGAGGAGGGGACCGUGGAGAGGGGACCGAAGCGCCUGUGGAAGGAUGACACGGGCCAGGUAGAGGAGCUGCAGGAGCUCCUGGAGAAGCAGAACUUUGAGCUGAACCAGGCUCGGGAGCGACUGGUCACCCUGACGGCGACAGUGGCUGAACUUGAGGAGGAUCUGGGCACUGCCCGCCGGGACCUCAUCAAGUCGGAGGAGCUGAGCAGCAAGCAUCAGCGGGACCUCCGGGAGGCUCUGGCCCAGAAGGAAGACAUGGAGGAGAGAAUCACAACACUCGAGAAGCGCUACCUGGCUGCGCAGCGCGAGGCCACGUCCAUCCAUGACCUCAAUGACAAGCUGGAGAAUGAGCUGGCCAAUAAGGAGUCCCUGCACCGCCAGUGUGAAGAGAAGGCCCGGCACCUGCAGGAGCUGCUAGAGGCCGCAGAGCAGAGGCUGCAGCAGACCAUGCGCAAGGCUGAGACACUGCCCGAGGUGGAGGCCGAACUGGCCCAGAGGAUCGCAGCUCUCACCAAGGCUGAAGAAAGGCACGGCAGCAUUGAGGAGCACCUGCGGCAGCUGGAGGGGCAACUGGAGGAGAAGAACCAGGAGCUGGCGAGGGUGCGCCAGCGGGAGAAGAUGAACGAGGACCACAACAAGCGGUUGUCAGACACCGUGGACCGGCUGCUCAGCGAGUCCAACGAGCGCCUGCAGCUGCACCUCAAGGAGCGAAUGGCGGCCCUGGAGGAGAAGAACACGCUGAUCCAGGAGCUGGAGAGCUCCCAGCGGCAGAUCGAGGAGCAGCACCAUCACAAGGGCCGCCUGUCUGAAGAGAUUGAGAAGCUGCGCCAAGAGGUGGACCAGCUGAAGGGUCGAGGGGGGCCGUUUGUGGAUGGCGUCCACUCCAGGUCGCACAUGGGCAGCGCAGGGGAUGUGCGGUUCGCCCUGAGCACAGCCACGCACGUGCCCGCGGGCCUGCACCGCCGCUACUCAGCCCUGCGGGACGAGUCUGCCAAGGACUGGGAGCCCUCUCCACUGCCUGGGGGGCUGGCCCCCACCGCCGCCCCUGCCUUUGACAGUGACCCCGAGAUCUCUGAUGUGGACGAGGAUGAGCCAGGGGGUCUGGUGGGCUCCGUGGAUGUUGUCUCCCCCAGCGGCCACUCGGACGCCCAGACUUUGGCCAUGAUGUUGCAGGAGCAACUUGACGCCAUCAAUGAGGAGAUCAGGAUGAUCCAGGAAGAGAAGGAGUCUGCGGAGCUGCGUGCUGAGGAAAUCGAGACUCGAGUGACCAGCGGCAGCAUGGAGGCCCUCAACUUGACUCAGCUGCGUAAGCGUGGCUCCAUCCCCACCUCUCUGACCGCCCUGUCCCUGGCCAGCGCGUCCCCUCCGCUCAGCGGCCGCUCCACGCCGAAGCUUACCUCCCGCAGUGCUGCCCAGGACCUGGACCGCAUGGGGGUCAUGACCCUGCCCAGUGACUUAAGAAAGCAUAGGAGGAAGCUGCUGUCGCCAGUGUCUCGGGAAGAGAACCGAGAGGAUAAAGCCACCAUAAAAUGUGAGACUUCUCCUCCUUCCUCACCCAGGACGCUGCGGCUAGAGAAGCUUGGCCAUCCCGCCCUGAGCCAGGAAGAAGGCAAAAGUGCUUUGGAGGAUCAGGGCAGCAACCCGAGCAGCAGCAACAGCAGCCAGGACUCCCUGCACAAGGGCGCCAAGCGCAAGGGCAUCAAGUCGUCCAUCGGCCGCCUGUUCGGGAAGAAGGAGAAGGGCCGGCUGAUCCAGCUGAGCCGGGAUGGAGCCACGGGCCAGGUUAUGCUAACAGACUCCGAGCUUGGUCUGCAGGAGCCCAUGGUGCCUGCCAAGCUGGGGACCCAGGCAGAGAAGGACCGGCGGCUAAGGAAGAAACACCAGCUGCUUGAAGAUGCCCGCAGAAAAGGAAUGCCCUUUGCCCAAUGGGAUGGCCCUACUGUAGUCUCCUGGCUGGAGCUCUGGGUGGGGAUGCCCGCCUGGUAUGUGGCCGCCUGCCGCGCCAACGUCAAGAGUGGAGCCAUCAUGUCGGCCCUGUCGGACACAGAGAUCCAGCGCGAGAUCGGCAUCAGCAAUGCCCUGCACCGGCUCAAGCUCCGGCUGGCCAUCCAGGAGAUGGUGUCGCUGACCAGCCCCUCUGCCCCUCCCACCUCCAGGACCUCUUCCGGGAAUGUCUGGGUCACCCACGAAGAGAUGGAAACUCUGGCAACACCCACUAAAACAGACAGUGAGGAGGGCAGCUGGGCACAGACCCUGGCCUAUGGGGACAUGAACCAUGAGUGGAUCGGGAACGACUGGCUGCCCAGCCUGGGGCUGCCCCAGUACCGCAGCUACUUCAUGGAGUGCCUGGUAGACGCACGCAUGCUGGACCACCUGACCAAGAAGGACCUGCGGGUUCACCUGAAGAUGGUGGACAGCUUCCACCGAACCAGUCUUCAGUACGGUAUCAUGUGUCUGAAGAGGCUGAAUUAUGACCGGAAGGAGCUGGAGAAACGGCGGGAGGAAAGCCAGCACGAGAUCAAGGAUGUGCUCGUCUGGACCAAUGACCAGGUGGUUCACUGGGUCCAGUCCAUUGGGCUGCGGGAUUACGCAGGAAACCUGCAGGAGAGUGGUGUGCACGGGGCCCUGCUGGCCCUGGACGAGAACUUUGACCACAACACGCUGGCCCUGGUCCUCCAGAUCCCCACACAGAACACCCAGGCACGCCAGGUGAUGGAAAGAGAGUUCAACAAUCUGUUGGCCUUGGGCACAGACCGGAAGCUGGAUGAUGGCGAGGACAAGGUGUUCCGGCGCGCGCCGUCCUGGAGGAAGCGCUUCCGGCCGCGGGAGCCGCACGGCGGCCUGCUCGGCGCCUCGGCGGAGACGCUCCCGGCCGCCUUCCGCGUGGCCAGCUUGGGGCCGCUGCAGCCCCCGCCCGCGCCACCGAAGAAGGUCACGCCGGAGGCUCGCUCCCACUAUCUCUACGGACACAUGCUCUCCGCCUUCCGGGACUAGCCACGGCCCCCAGGGGCAGCGUCCUCCGGCUGAGUGGGCUCAGCCGGCCCUGGCCCGUCCUGCUCGUUCCCCAUCUUCUUACAACUCCUGGUCUCGUCCGUGACUUUCCAGCUGCCCUGGACCUCAAAAUAUACUCCUCCAUCCCCUCAGCAUCCCACUACCCUGAGUCCCACCGUGUGCCCUUUGUAAGUCUCUUGUGGCUGUGGCUGGGUGUCCCGGUUGUCCAUGCUUGGGAUUCUGCAGAAGGGACUGGACGACAGCAGGCCAGGGCCGGGUGUGACUUCAUCCUCCUUCUUCUGGACCUAGCCUGGUCUGGACUUUGACCUCCACCAGAGACCAGGAUGUGGUGCCAGGGGCUAGGGAUGGCUUUUCCAAGAAAAUGGCACUUCAGACUCUGCCUUGCUCAGGCCGUGGGGCCUUCCCGUCCAUGUGCACAUCCCAGCUGUCUGACAUCUGGUUUUAGUACUCCCAGCAUCGCACCUUUCCCCAGCUCAUCUCCACCAGGGCUCCUCCUGUCUCCAGGACCUCCUUGGGGGCUGGGAGGGGCUGCAGAAGGCCCCAUUCUCUCUCAGGAUGGUGAGGCUGGGGAGGAGAAAGGCUAAGGUGAUUCCAGGCCUUUGCUUAAGAUGAAACCCAGACGUGAUUUGAGGUUGAAUCUGAGAGAAACGGGCUCCUGAACUUUGAGCCAAGGUUAAGGACGGGGAAACUCUCAGCCCUCCACCCACUGAGAGGUGCAGGUCGGCCACCUGGAGGGAGAGCCAAUUGCCUGUGUCAGCCUUAAGCCUCAAAGGCAGGGGGAAGGUGUCCUGUCCUGUCCCAGCCAUAAGGUGUAAGGGGGAGUUGCUGCUGGGGCAGGGCUGGUGGGGGGUGGGGUUGUGUAGGGUCUUGGCUCUGAGGCAGAAGAGAGCUACCUGUGCACUGCCUACUCCGUUCCCAGUGUUCCUUCCCAUGCUGUCUUCCUCUGCCCCACCUCUUUAGUAAUCCAGCCCCUAAGAAUAUACACGAUGGGUGGGUUGAAGAGACAUUGAGCUACAAAUCGGAUUUGGCAAAAUGUAGUGUGAAGCUUUCUUCUCCGGAUCUCUUGGGAAGAAAAUAAAGCUUCCCCUUCCGUGAGUCCUGUCCUAGGACGAGGAAAUCCAUUGUUGGUAUGGAGAGGAAGGCCUCUCCUGACGGAAGACCGUCACUCUCCUGCUUGUCCCUGGAUCACCUGCCGCUGGUUCAGGGCACUUUUGGUGUGCAGGGACCACCUCCUCCGGAAAUUCCAGAGACACCCCACCCCCUGCACCACCGCCAGCCUCCAUCAUUUUAAUUGCUUUCCUCAGCAGCGUGGUGGCAGCCGGGGCUUGGGGGUACAGGUCCCAGUUUGGUUGGAAUGCCAUUCCCAAGAAAUCCCUCCUCCUUACUCACUUCCUCAUCCUGCUAAAAUGCCUGGAAGUGUUUGAGACCCAAGUUCAGGGUGAGUUGAUGGACCCCCAGUAAGAGGAGGGGAAGAGAAGCUGGAGCCGGUUUCCUGGAGAAGCGCCAGUGCCGAGCUGUCCUACAGGUGACUGAGCAGCUGGUUUGCAACCUGAUCGACAUGGGUUCUGAGCAGGGGCUCGGCUAGCAGGUGGGAUAGUGGGUCUGAGCACCCUGGCCAGAAUGAGUGAUGGAGCCUGGGGCGAUGCCAGGGCUUGGAGCCCUCUGCUGUUUUUCAGUAGAGAAGAUGUCCACUCGUGCUGGGGCCGAGUGGGCUUCCGGGUGUGGGCACAGCACCAGCUGCUCUGUUCUCCCUCAUUGUUCCUUGCCCUCCCUGCUCGGCAGUCAGCUGCCAGUGGAGCUGGAGGCGUUCUUGAGCAGAAAAUGAGUGGGAUGGAGGGAAAAGGCCCCAAUUCCUGGGUAAUGGAGGUUGAGAUUAUGGGGAACCCCUAGAUUCCUAAGAUUGGUGGAGGUGGGGACCACCAGGCCAUCUGACUCCUGGCAGGGGACUUUUGAUGGACCAGCCAAGUGGGAGACUCAGCCCCAGCUUCUCCACACCUUCACCCUGUCAUGGUUGCCCAGGUACCUGGGUCUAUUCAGGGCAUCCUGGGAAGUAUUGCAGGGAGGUGAGGGGCAAGAGAACUCGCGCAUACAGUGCCGGAAGGCUGUUUUCCUGGUGUCUCUCUUGCCUCACAGUCAGUGUGUUUUCUACUUGAAAAGUUGUUGCCAGUGCCCUGAACGCCCCCCUCACCAGCCUCGUGUAUCUCGUCGGUACCCCUCUCAGUACUGUACUGGCUCAGUGCAUCAGGAGUGGGUGUGUGGGUGUGGAUGAGUGUGAGUGUGCGUGUGUACGUACCAAUAAACAACCUGGUUUUAAGACAGCCUA